AUGGGCCGAUCAUUAAAGGGCACCGUCAUCAUCACCGGCGGAAAUGGCUCCUUGGGAUCUGAAAUCGCCAUCGCCAUCGCCAAAACCCAACCCUUCACACAUCUUCUCCUCACGGCCCGAGAUCCCAAUCGACAGGAUGCGCGAGACUUAACGGAGCGCAUCCGCAUGAUUGGACCUCGGUCCAUUGAAAUUCUGAGUUUGGACUUGACCGAUCUUCAAUCGGUUCACACGUUCGCCCAGCAGACCAUUGAGCGCGUCCGCACAAAAGAGAUCCCGCCCAUCUCGACCUUGAUCCAUUCCGCGGCCACCGCCUCCUAUACCGUUGACGAUCCCACGAUUGACGGGUACGACCCUGUGUAUCAGACGAAUUGCAUGGCCCCAUUCGUUCUCACUGUGAGCCUGUUGGAGGCGUUCCGCGCGGGCGACGGAGCUGCUUCCGACGGCGGUGCGAAGGUGAUCUACAUUGGGUGUGCAGAGGCGGCAAAUGGUCGAUUGGAUUACUUUGAUCGCGACCGGGAAGAGACGCACCAGCCGGCUGGUUCGAUCAUGUCGAAGAAAGAGGCGAGUCUUCGAUUCGGGAGCAGUAAGCUGCUGGCCAGCGUCGCAUUGUACGCUUUGCGGCGCAGUCUUGCCAGUACGACAAAUAUCGCAUUAGACAUCUUCACCAUGGAUCCCGGAGUCAUGGCGGGAGACAGCCAUCUCCGAACCGGGACCCCCCUGUCCGUCAAGGUGGCACAUCAGACCCGGUCGGGCCUCGGCCCGAUUCUACGGAUGAUGUCUCGCAGCUCCGUCAACAAGGCCAACGUGCCGGCCAAGGCGAUUGCCAAAAUCGCCUUUCGUCGACCCGCCGUCGAACAGGCCGAGAGGUACUUUGUCCUGGAUGAUGAGUACGAGGCUGCUUCCGUUCUGCGAACGCUGCACGAAGGCGCGGCGAUGGAGCGAUUGUUGCUGCGGAUGAUGCGACAGACCGAUGGGAGUGCCAAGAGCUCUCCCGGAUCGACGAGUCCUACGCCGACAACAUUUUGA